AUGACAUCUAAUGGAGAAUGUCAAACUGCAAAUGCAACGGAGAAAGAGGACUGGGAAAUUCAAAGAGACUACCACAAAAGCUUGGCUGAUGCUGCUUUUCGGGUCGGUGCAUUCCGCACUGCCAUUGCCGAAUAUAGUAAAAGUAUCGACUUGGAAAAACCUUCCGAAGAAGUUGAAGAAGCUCAAAAGCCUGUGGCAGUGUCGAAGCUCCUGUUGGUCCUAUACAGCAACCGCUCGGCUGCCUACUUGAGAAACUCAGAGAAAUCAAAAGCAUUGAAAGAUGCUCAAAUGUGUGUAGAGCUGGAUCCCAAGUUCAUCAAGGGACACUCUCGAUUAGCUUCUGCAUUACAUUCUUUGAAACGAUACGAGCAGGCUCACGAUGCAUACAAUCAAGUUCUCAAACUGGACGCGACCAACCCACCAGCUAAAAAGGGAGCUGCCGAGUGUGCCAAAGCACUAGAAGCGAUAAAGCAACAGGCAUUUGAAUUGGAGCAAGAUCGAAAAGAAAGGCUUCUAGCGCAGGAACAAGCGGAUGAAGAAGAAUCAAAGGGACUAGAAAAGGAAAAGGACGAAGAGAAACAGCAGUCCCCAGAGGAGGCAGAAGAUGAUCUACUGAAUGAUUUCUUCGACGAAGUUGAAGAGGUUACGACAAAAAAGGAAGAUGAGUUGAAAGCAGACAAGGCAACGAAUUUCAUUAAGAACGACAGAAAGACAUUGGGAAGUGCAAAGCAACAGAUGGAUCGGCUGCUACAAAGCAAUUACGAAUGGCGGAACUUGAAUCCAUUUUACGUACUUCAACUGCCUGUGGAAGCUACUGAUGACGAUAUUUCCCGACGAUAUAAGGCACUUUCACUGCUGCUGCAUCCGGAUAAGAGUGGAGGUUCCGACCGCGCACAACUCGCUUACGAUCAGGUUCAAAAGGCCAAGAACACUUUGAAUGACCCCGAUCGGACAAGACAUACUCGAAUGCUGAUUGAAGAGGGCAUGAAGGUGGGCCAAAGACUUUGGAAAACUCAAAAGGCUGGAGAGAAAAGAACUUUGCAGGAAGUAGAGGAGCGUGAAAUAAUGAGACUAUUCGCACAGGUCGAGCAAAAAAGAAAAGAAGUUACACAACGUGAACGUCAGUUUCAGCAAAGAGAACAACAACAAGAGGAUCAAGAAAUGGAGAAAGAGAGGAAGUCGCGACAGUUCGACAAACAGUGGAGGGACGAGGGUCGGGUGGAUAAGCGGAUUGGAAACUGGCGAGACUUUCAGCAAAAGAAGAAACCGAAAAAGGAUUAG